AUAGGUCGAAAUAUAUUUAUCCACUUUCUCUUAAAAAUAUACCUAUUAAUCAUUAAUUUUCUACAACACUAAACCUUCGCAACACCACAUCGAGCAACACCGGAAGUUGCAGCGGCACCGCUCGUCGGAGGAGCUGUUUUGUCUGCCAUUUUCAAGUGCUCUUAUUGAUUAUAUUCUAUCAUUAUGGAUGCUCUGAAUGAACUGAGCUACAAACCACCCCCGGAAUUUGAGGAGGUCAAAAAGGAUUCACUUGUCAAUCUUAACAUUGCAGUCUCAACUGAGCUCUGGCUUAUACAGUGGCCCUUUAAUCAACAUCCAGGUCUUGAUGGGCAAGAAGUUUCGUUGAAGCUCCAUCAUGAUGGGCAUAUGGGCAGCUUUGAGGAUUCAUCUGGUAAAUCAUAUGAAGUGGUCAGUUGUAGAGCACAAGACCCAGAUGCGGUAGUCUUUCUAUCUUCCCAGUCUGAGCCAAAAAUCGCUGGUAAAAUUUCGCGACGUGUUUCCUUUAUCCACUACCCGGAACCAAGUGAGCUUAAACAGAACAGCAUAAACUUGAAGCAGAUGAUGGCUCAGAGAUCAUCAGGUACUACUACUACAUUGACCAAUUCUUCUCGUCGUUUUGCAACUCCUAGUCAAAGUACUAGGACGCGAAGUAUUAUGCAAUCAGGGAGUUCAUCCAAAUCGACCAUUAGAAAACACGGUGAUGGCCAAUCUGUUCAAGAUUCGGGCAAAAGUGGUCGUAGUGUAUUGACCUCUUCAGGAUCCUUCGAUCACUCUCGAGAUCAAAAAUCAAACAAGAAAAGGAAAACUGAUGGUUGAAUUGCUGCCUCAAGUGUUAUAAAUCGAAUUGUUUUUGGUUAAAGAAUCUCUUUCUAGCUGCUCUAGAGCGCGUUAACCAUUCAACGCCAUUAGUUUCACUCUUACGAUAUGUAAAUGUAUGAGGUUUUUGUGCUAUAGCGCUUUGUUAAUAAUACAUGGAUAAGCAUAGAAUUGUUCUUUUAAACACA